UGCAGAAUGAUGAAAUAUCGGCAAACUGUGUGUAUUUGUAAAGUUUUCUUACAUGCCUUUAAAUCAAGAAGGCCCUGCGACCCCCCGUGGAGCUUUGGGAACCCCCCCAGGUUGGGAACCACUGACUACAAGAUCCAGAAUUUGAUUCCAGAUAAACAUUUCACCCAAAUAUGGAAGAGCAUCUGUGGAGCACGUGUAGAGAACAUUCGUAGACUUGUUAGUUAAUUGUGACAUCCUGUUUUAAUCUACCUGUUGUUGUUGUUGUUGUUGUUGUCUCCCGCAGCGAGGAAGCACACGAAGCAGGACUCGACGAUGAACGAGGAGUGGAAGAGCAUGUUUGGAUCUCAGGAGCCGCCCCCCGCCCAGACCACCACGGCUGCCGACGGGCAGGCGGGACAGGUCAGGAAGAGCGCUGUGGCCCCGACGGUGCCCGUGCUGCAGUCGGUGGCGAGCGGCCCCGCCUACCAGCGCCGCAUCAACACCUGUAAGGCAGAGCUGCAGCAGCUGGUGCAGCAGAAGAGAGAGCAGUGCAGCGCCGAGCGCAUGGCCAAACAGAUGAUGGAGAGCGCCGAGUGGGAGAGCCGACCUCCUCCACCGGGGUGGCAUCCUAAAGGGCUGCUGGUCGCCCACCUUCACGAGCACAAAGCCGCCGUGAACCGCAUCCGAGUGUCUGACGAGCACUCCAUCUUUGCUACAGCGUCCAACGACGGCACCGUCAAGGUCUGGGACAGUCAGAAGAUGGAGGGAAAGACCACGACCACCAGGUCGGUGCUGACUUACUCUCGUAUCGGCGGCCACGUGAAGACGUUGACCUUCUGUCAGGGGUCGCAUUACCUGGCGGUGGCCUCGGACAACGGGUCCAUCCAGCUGCUGGCGGUCGAAGCGAACAAGCCCCCAAAAUCUCCCAAAGUUCAGCCCUUCCAGACGAGGUCUCUGGACCUGCAGGAGGACGGCUGCGCGGUCGACAUCCACCAUUUUAACUCGGGCGCACAGUCGGUGCUGGCGUACGCCACCGUCAACGGCUCGCUGGUCGGCUGGGAUCUCCGCUCCAACUCCAACGCCUGGACGCUCCGCCACGACCUCCGCCUCGGACUCAUCACCUCGUUCACCGUCGACAUGCACCAGUGCUGGCUCUGCCUGGGUACGAGCAGUGGCACUAUGGCCUGCUGGGAUAUGCGGUUCCAGCUCCCCAUCUCAAACCACUCCCACCCGGCCCGAGCGCGAAUCAGACGCCUGCUGAUGCAUCCGCUCUACCAAUCCUCCGUCAUCGCAGCUGUUCAGGGGAAUAACGAAGUGUCCAUGUGGGACAUGGAGACUGGCGAUCGUAAAUUCACUCUGUGGGCGAGUUCUGCACCUCCGCUGUCUGAGAUGCAGCCGUCUCCUCACAGCGUUCACGGGAUCUACUGCAGUCCUGCUGACGGGAACCCUCUGCUGCUGACUGCUGGAUCUGACAUGAGGAUCAGGUUCUGGGACCUGGCGUAUCCCGAGAGGUCGUACAUCGUGGCGGGAGGAGCCAACGACUCGCUGCACUGUCCGUCUGUCCUCUACAGCAGGAAGAUCAUCGAAGGGACUGAGGUCGUACAG